AUGUCUGGUUCUAAUCGUAAAGCAACUCUCUCUGGGCCAGGGCAGACUGGCCAGCUCGCCCCUCGAUCCUCUCGAUCCGCUUCAAAUCCCCCUGUGACCAAUUCCCCCCCGAGGAAAAGAGGUUCUCGAUCGGGUGGAUCCUCGACGAUCCCACAGGUUGAAGAGGAAUUGGAUAGAACUUUACAAACAGCGGAAGGCAGCCCUAGUCCCUCCAGAGAGGGAAAUCAGCUACCAGACCCUACGGUUCCAUCUUCUAUCUCAGAAUCAGCUCCAGUAGAAGCCAUUAGAGGUAUCAUCGACCGGAGUCGAAAGGGCAAGGAGAGGGAAACCCACCUAUUCGCACACGCGCCUCAUCUGAAGAUGGCCCCAGCAUACGAGGAAACUUUGACUCAGUCGAUUGUCUGUUGUCAUCACACAUGGGACCCAGCGGAAGACAUAGACCCUUUAUGGGAAUUCGGAGCGGAGGAAGGAGUACUACAAGGGCUAACCCCUACACAAACUAUGCCUUUCCGCGACAUACUCAUUUGUUGGACAGCACCGCAUCAGAAUCUAGAGUGGGAGAAUCUGGAAGACUAUACGCAGCUAUUAUGCGCGACGACUCUAUCACGAAGAGACAUAGAGUUGAUACCCGAGAAUGGGAAAUCGUAUUACACGCUACACUAUAAGAUUCUGAUGCACACCUACGAAGUCACGCUGGGAAUCACGCAGAUUAUCUCCACAAUAGAUCGACUACUGGCCAGGUCGGCACGUCGUUCCUUCAGCAUUGACAAGGGGUUCGUCAUCCUUAAACAACUAGCUAUGGGGGAGGACGCGGACCAUAUUCAACUAAGUUUCUACACGUUACAAAUCCGAUGCAAGGGUGCGGUGAACCACAUACGCCAAGACCUCAAUUCCAUACGGGCUAUCUUUGGACAAUUCAAUAAUGCGUUGACUAACCGUUCCUACAACUCGACUCUCUCGGAUAUACGGUCGAACUACGGCCAACUACCUCCGCGUUUAGAGGUAGCCAGGCAUAUGCUGAGGGAAGAUUAUCAGAAGGAGAUGCCUGAGCAUUUACGAAGCUACAAGGACAAGUUAGUAGAAGAAUGGGUCAAAUCAGGGAGAGAGAUAAAUGCUCGUCCUUACGAGAGGAAACCAGCUCAUUACCCGCAGUUAAAAUAUGAUGAGCGGUCUGAUUCGCCGCGAGCGUGGAGUCGUAUGCAAGGCUCCUUGCCCACCUUGGCGCCUAGUCAACCUUUGGUCUUCGGUAGCGUGUCCUCCAGGGAUCGGAGACGUGCUCCUCCGCCUACUUCUAUUUCCAUGGCUGUAAGCCGUAAUCACCCUCUUAGUCACUUCGCAGGCCUCAAUUCUAACAUGGGAGGUGAGGAAGGGAGAGAGGGCGAGGACUCAGACCCCCAUAAUCCAUGGAUCACUGUUCAGUCAGGUCGCUUUCGUAGCACUCGUUCGAGGCCUACCCAUGUCAAUAAGAAUGCUCGUUUCGCCAGUCCUCAUGAAGAUCAGCCAUCAACUCCGGCGAUUCAUACGACGGAGAGUUUCAGCUACACAAAACAAGGAAGGAGUGGGAGAAGCUUGAAUGGAGGUGGUCCUCCCAACGGAGAUAGUCCCCCAGGCGGAGGAUCGCCGUCAGGACCCAGAUAUCCUGCUCGGCGAAACAAUGAAGGUCUACCUCUUUCCCGAGGCCAUGCACAAAACUCAGGGCAAGGACCUCCCGGAGGGGAACCUCCUGGUGGUGAUCCCGGUUACGGUAUCGACCCUGAGGAGAAAGGCCCGGAGGAUGAAAAGAACAAGGGGGAAUGGCAAUUGAAUAACAAGAUCAGCAUGGGAAUGAUUCCGCAGUGGGACGGGAACCCGACUACGAUGAUCGACUACAUUAUGGAAAUCGCUUUACUAGCUCGACUUUCAAAAAGACUUUUCAAGGAAAUAGGACAAAUAGCACCAAUUAGAUGGACAGGUUCUGCGAAAGGAUGGUGGAUGACCCUGCCUAGGGCAGAUCAAGCCUACUUUUCACAGGACUGGGAAUGCCUUAUGACGGGAAUGUGCGAUCAUUUCAUGAAUGAUGAAUGGCUUAACGAUAGGGGAAUUGAAUUUGAUGCCAUGCGAUUCCGUGAUGGGUGGUAUACACUUUUAUGA